AUGACGAAUACUCGCAAUCAGGAUAUCGACAACGCCCUCAAGAGUCACGAUAAGGCGAUCACGGAAAUCCAAACAACGUUAUCAGCCCUAAUGAAACAACAAGAACAGUCAUCCAAACAACAAGAAGAGAUCUUAAAAGCGGUACGGGAUAAAUCGGUCCACUCAGGCGGCGGUGUGUUUAGUUCGGGUUCAUCGUUUUCUGUUAGCGAUGCCGACUCGAAGGGUACCCGACCCUUGCGAAUCGGGAAGGUUGAAUUUCCUAAGUUUUCGGGUGAAGACGUGGAAGGUUGGAUCUACCGUUGCGAACACUUUUUCGCAAUGGACGAGACCCCAGAUGACGUAAAACUUAGGUGUGCUGUCGUUCACUUGGAAGGGGAUGCACUCCAAUGGCACCGGGCCUACAUGAAAAUACGUGGUGCUACCAUCUCUGAAGUUCCGUGGGAAGAUUAUGUGAGAUCUAUCUCUGCUCGUUUUUCUAAUGCUAUGUUUGAAGACCCGCUAGAAGAGUUGGCUGCCCUCAACCAGACCGGUACCCUCCAUGAGCUCAACACCACAUUCGACUCCCUGUUGAACAAGGUAAACCUCACCGAAACACAAGCUAUUAGUCUCUAUCUCAAGGCCCUUAACCCGGAUAUCAGGGGGCCGGUGAAGAUGUUUAAACCACGAACUUUGCAUGAAGCGUAUGGGUUGGCAAAACAACAAUCCUCAAACAACGAUAACUUAGAGGGUAAACUGAAAUCCGGGCGAGUGGACACGGGGGGGUCGAAGACUAACUCCCACCCGAGGAUCACACCACCCAUGAAUGCGGCCAAACUGCCGCUUUUACCCACUCCCAACCGAUCGGUUGCUCCAGCGACCAAACCGGCGAACGGUACUCAUCGCCUCACUAGUAAGGAGUUGGAACAGAAACGGGCAAAGGGUGAAUGUUUUUGGUGCACAGAAAAAUUUGUGCCUGGUCAUACAUGUGCACGACCGCGUAAGCAAUUGUACGUUAUUGAGGCUGAAGAUGACGAGGAAGUGGUAGUGGAUGAGAUAGGGACCGACGAGAGGGAUGAGGCCGAGCCCCAGAUUUCCAUCCAUGCAUUGACGGGUAUUCCAUCUUACUCGACUAUGCGGGUGAGAGGUUCCAUGGGAAACCGUCAACUCCACAUACUUAUUGAUUCCGGGUCGACACACAACUUCCUCAACGAAAGCUUAGCAAAGAAGUUACAAUGUGAAGUUAUGACCAUAUCACCGAUUAAUGUGGGUGUCGCCGAUGGAAAACGCCUCACGAGUACUCAGGUUUGUCGAAAUUUUCAAUGGAAUAUGCAAGGGAAUUGGUUUACAACUGAGGUACUUUUAUUGCCUCUUGAAAGUUAUGAUAUGAUACUAGGGGUGCAAUGGCUCUUACCCUUAAACGACAUCCUAUGGAACUUUAAAAAUAUGACUAUGAAGUUUGAAGUGGAGGGUAAGCCAUAUGAGCUCAAGGGUCUACAAUUGGCCGGUGGAACAUACGAGGAUACAUAUCAAUCAAAGGUGGUGGAUGUACCAGACGAGUUCCCAUGGAGAGCCCUCAUAUCGGAAUUUUCGGGGGUCUUCAAAAUUCCAUUGGGCCUACCACCGGUGAGGCCUUUCGACCACAAAAUUGUAUUGAAGGAAGGAACAGAGCCGAUCAGCCAACGUCCAUACCGUUACCCUGCCGUGCAAAAAGUUGUCAUCGAAAAAACGACCCGGGAGUUGUUGGAUUCGGGGGUUAUUCAAAAUAGUCGGAGUUCGUUUGCGGCUCCGGUAGUGUUGGUAAAGAAAAAAGAUGGUCAAUGGCGCAUGUGUAUGGACUAUCGCCGGUUAAACGAAGCAACAGUCAAAGAUAAGUUUCCGAUUCCAUUGAUUGAGGAAUUAUUGGACGAGUUAGGGGGGGCGUCGUUUUUCUCAAAACUGGAUUUACGGUCCGGUUAUCAUCAGGUUCGGAUGGCCCCCGAGGAUGUUCAUAAAACGGCGUUCCGAACUCACGAGGGACAUUAUGAAUUUCUCGUUAUGCCUUUUGGCCUUACGCAUGCCCCGGCAACAUUUCAGGCUCUCAUGAACCACAUAUUUAGACCCCUACUUAGAAAUGGAGUGUUGGUGUUUUUCGAUGAUAUCCUCGUUUAUAGCCGUACUCAAGAUGAUCAUAUACGACAAUUGAAAAAUGUCCUUUCCAUAAUGCAAGAAAACAAGUUGUUUGCCAAGGAGUCAUAA